AUGGCUGUCCCUAAUGAGCGUGCAUUUGGUGUCACCAACAUCAAAUCACACAUUCCGUUAAUUCUUGACAUGGAUGAUCACAACUAUGAUGCCUGGAGAGAACUCUUCCUCACUCAUUGCCUAACCUUUGAUGUCUUAGGACAUGUUGAUGGCACCUCUACUCCGGCGAAUGCAAAUGAUCAAACGUGGCUGAAACGUGAUGGACUGGUCAAGCUGUGGAUCUAUGGAACUCUUGCCCCACUGCUCUUCAAGUCAUCGUUCAAGACCGGUGGCACUGCUCGUGAUAAUUGGCUCCGCAUCGAGAACCAAUUCCGCAACAACAAAGAUGCGAGGGCUAUGAAGAUCGACAAUGAGCUACAAACCUUGGAGAUUGGUGACCAAUCCAUUCAAGCAUAUUGUCAAUCACUCAAGUCAUUGGCAGACCUACUCUCCAACCUGGAUGCUCCAGUCAAUGAUCAUAAUCUCGUGAUGUAUAUGUUGAAUGGACUCAAUGAGAAAUUUGAUAACAUCGUCAAUGUUAUCAAACACCAUAAGCCUUUUCCAUCCUUUGAUGAUGCCAAGUCCAUGCUUGAAGAUGAAGAGGUUCGCUUAAAGAAGGCUCACAAGACUGUUGCUGCUCAUUCGGCUCAUGCUUCCUCCCGUAAAGCGUUGGUCAUGACACAUAACACUCAUCAGAGUCAAUCAAAUCACACCGCAUAG